AUGCCAUUUGCCAACCAGCCAGUUGUUUCCGUAUCUAGUCUCACAGAUGAAGAGAUUAGAUUUACGAUCGAAAACACUGACCUUAGCAUGGCCAAUUCUCUCCGAAGGGUUUUUAUUGCCGAAGUUCCUACGAUCGGUAAGAUUUGCUUUCUUUUUCUGUCAGUGGAGCACCAGGUCCUCUGUAGGUUUUUUGGAAUACGCAGUCGUUCUACUGGUUUUGUUUAAAUAAUAUUUUGUAAUCUUGGGUUUACAAAAUUGACGAGAAAAAUUUGACGGGGAUAGGAAUUUAAAUUUAAUAAAUAAAGUUUACUCGUGUUUCAAGCAAAAAGAUUUGCAGCUAUUGAUUGGGUACAAAUAGAGACGAAUACAAGUGUUCUCCAUGACGAAUUCAUAUCCCACCGGAUGGGUUUGAUUCCAUUGACUUCAAAUGACGCCGUUGACCGUAUGCUUUUUGCCAGGGUAAGAAUGAACCUUGGUAUUGUACUAUGUAAGGUUUAGGAUUGUGUGUGUGCCGAGUUCUGUCCUCAAUGCACAGUUGAAUUCUCCUUAGACGUCAGUUGUACCCAUGAAUCAACUCGAGCGGUAACUUCGGAUGAUUUGAUCUCAUCAAAUCAAAGUGUCGUUCCUUCAUGUGGCAAACAUAUUCAGAAUAGGUUGGGAAUCGACGAUGUAAAUGAUGCAGAAAUUUUGAUUGUUAAACUACGACGAGGGCAAGCGUUGAAAAUGAAAUGCUUUGCCAGGAAGGUAUGAAUAUUAUUGUCAUGCGGAAAAUUGGUUUGUUUUAGGGAUUUGCAAAGGAACAUGCAAAAUGGAAUCCAACUUGCGGUGUAGCGUUUGAAUACGACCCUGACAAUGCCUUGCGGCAUACUGUCUACGCAAAACCAGAGGAAUGGCCGAAAAGCGAUUUCUCCGAACUUCCUCCUGAUCAGUUUCAGGCACCCUUUGAUCCAAAAGGAAAACCAAGUAAGUUCUGGUUUGGCAUUCAAUCAGCCGGACAACUGAAAGCGGAUAGAAUUGUUUUGUCUGGAAUUAUGGCAUUGAAGAAGAAGCUGCUUGACAUUCAAACUCAACUUCAGAAUGAAACCACGGCUUCUGAGCCGGCUUACUAA